UCACAUCUGAUGAACAAAACGUAAAUAAAUAGGGGUAUUCUCUUGCUCUUGCAAGAUUGCAGAUUGCAAAAAUACUACACCGAAAUAUACAAGGGAACGAGAGCACCCAUUGCAGAAUCUAGUGAUAUAUGAGCGACUGAUUCAAUCAAUUUAUUGUAAAUGACUAUUGUGCAUGGCUAUUGUGAAUUGGCGCACCUUCUGCAUGCAUUUUUAACAAAAAAAACUGUAACAAAACUUUAUAAUUUAAAUAGAAAUUAUAAAAUCUAAUUAAAAUUUACCUUUCUCAACAGUUUAACGACGUAAUAUGUCUUUAUGUAAAAUGGCAACUACAACAGGGAUGCAAUUUUAUUUUUGCGUGACAUUGCACACUAAUAUACACGGGUUUUGGUCUGACAUAUUUCACAGCCCUUGCAAAUAUUUUUCUGCGUGUGUUUGUUGUUGUGCCGUUGUAAAUUUGCAAUGCUUGCACCGUGCACCGGGUUUUGCAAGAGCAAGAGAAUACCCCUAAUAUUUCAAGUAGGUUUGCAAAUAUGUCACAGUGAGAAAAUCAAAGAAAAGUAUCCGAUGUAAUUAAAACAUUUGUUGAAAAUGAAGAUCCUUUGUGAGACAGUUGUGCAAGAUCGAGUAACGCAACGUAAUCGUUCACCUCGCUAUGUUAAAUCCACUCUGGCAGUUGGAUAUAAUAAUUCCGCCAAAGAUGUAGAUGGAAACAAUACCAGACUCCUAGAAAUAAUGCAUUUUACACCACAGAAUCAAGCGGGCGAACGAUUCAAAGUCACCAAUAACAUUGAUAAAAUAUUCUCCAAAUUUUUGCGAGAUGGCAAAGUUACCAUUGGUUUCAAAGAGCCGGCGAUAAAUCUCAUGAUCAAUUGCGAUCCCAUACCGUUGAAGGGUUUCCUACAAACUAUAAAGCUUGGUUUGGAGGGGAAAGAUUCAAUAAACUUAAGACUGAAUAUAGCAGCUGCGACUGCUAUACUACAACGCUCAAAGCCACAAGAGAAAUUGACGGUUUUGCGUCGUGGAGAUUAUCCAGUCAAAGGAUUUCCACGCACUCUGAAAUCAUUAAAAAUUUCGAACAUACAAUUACUGAAAAUAACAUUUGAUAUUUGCUCCCUACGUAAUUUAACUACGCUCGAUUUAAGUGAUAAUCAAAUUUCUAAAGUGCCACGUGAGAUGGGUCGUUUACCACUUGUGUCUUUUACUAUUAACAACAACCAAUUGGGUACAAUUAACAAUUGGGAAUGGUUGCGUGGCAAAGAAAUACGUAAAUCUCUGCGUGAAUUAGAUUUAUCUGCCAACGAAUUAAACCAUUUUCCACUUGACAUAAUACGCCUUGAGCAGCUGGUGGGACUUAAAUUAAGUGAUAAUAAAAUUAAACGAUUACCGUUUGGCUUCCGUCGUCUUCGUAACUUACGCAACUUAAAUAUAGCUUCUAAUUUGCUGACUUCACUGCCAUCCGAUUUCAACCAAAUGCGUAUUGUUGUGCUGGAUCUGUGGGGAAAUAAAUUUGGCAUGAAAAUGGAGCAUAAUAUAAGUGAGGCAGGCACUAAUAAACUCAAUUCUGCGCCACUGUGGCUUUUAGCGGCACGUGCUGUUUGCCAAAAUAAAUUGCCUUAUUCUGCGGGCACAAUACCUUGGAUGUUGAUCGACAUUUUGGCUGAAUCGCCGCUUUGCGCUUGUGGAAAACUAUGCUUCGACACUACAAUUUAUGAACGAGCUGUGAUGGCUACGCUAGAUAACGUAAAGACAUUAGUUAGCAGUAGAGAACACUUAAUUUAUGCUGAUAUAGUGCUGUGUGGAAUGAGUUGCGGAGGACGAAAACAAAUGCUUUUUUAUGAGCAACCUUAACAGAGAACAGAGGAGUAUAGUAUUUAAAUCUCAUUAUUGCUGUUUAUGUAUAGUUUUCGCUUCAAUCAAUUGCAGCAUUUAUAUAACAAUUUCUAAUUUAUUUGAAAAAUAUUAUUUUUAUUUUCAAAAAUAAUAAAAAUUCACUUACAAAUCAGAUGUAGCAUCUCAAAUAAAUGUUUAU